AUGAUGGGCCAGGCAAAGGAAGAGAUCAAGAAGGGCGUUGACUCUUUUGACCCAAUGAAAACUGGCUUUGUGUCAACCUCAGAUUUAGGAAGUAUUCUUAGGUGGCUGAAACUGAUACCCACAAAUGCCGAAAUUGCAGAACUGGCUUCAAAACUGGAUCCCUUAGAAAGCGGAAAAGUAAGCAUUCCUAUUGUAUACCAAGCAGUUGCAAGUAUGUGGCCAUCAAGUCCCACCGAACUACAGGCUCGUGCUUGGGGAGCUUUUUUGGCCUUUGACAAAUUAGAUUCCGGCACGAUUACUCCUGCAGACCUACGCGAAAUUCUAUUGAGAAUUGGAAGGGAACCUGUGCCGGAACCUGGGUUCCAGGCGCGGAAAAUGCUCCAUUGCCUGGAAACAUCACAAAUGAAAGAUUCAGCUGGGUUCCAAAAGACAGACAUCGUCCCACCAGACUGUCAUCUGGCCAAUUAUUUUGCACACAGCGUUCACGUUUUCUUCAAAGUCCGUUAUGAAGCGAAGGUGGUGAACGGCAUUUCAUGGUACCUCCCUCUUCCGAUCUGGACAUUUUAUAAGACAGACAUCGUCCCACCAGACUGUCAUCUGGCCAAUUAUUUUGCACACAGCGUUCACGUUUUCUUCAAAGUCCGUUAUGAAGCCAAGGUGUCGCGUCGCAUAUAUUGGGUGGCUCGUGCCGCCAGUGUAACGACAGCUGAUGAUUUCUAUACAGAGUUAGCUAAUACUCACAAAGCAAUCAAUAUCACUAGUUGUCCAACCGAUUUCUCUGGAAAUAAACCCGAUGGGGUGCUUUUCGCCUACGACGUUUUUUCGUUCCGUGGGAGCUCGGUUUGCUCGGGCCUUUUGGCUUUGGCGGGCUGA